AUGUGGAACAAGGAUAAUCAAAACAGAAAAAAUAAAAAGCUUAUCUUCAUGAAUAAUAACAACGAUAGUAAUAUAGAUAUUAACCAUACAGCUAAUAAAAUGGACAUAAUAAGAAUGAAAAGGCAAAGUAAAAAGACAAAAUAUAAAGGAAGAGAUGGUAUAAACAAUCCACUAGCAUCUAAUAAAGUUAUCAAUCAGUAUAAUGAAAUAAAUGAUUAUGAACAUUGUUUUUCAAAAUCUUCUUUAUUCAACAAAAAAAUCAGGGAAAACAGCUUAUUCAUCCCAAAAUCGGGGCUGAUGCAAGCAGAUAAUAGUAUAACUAUGGCAACGACCAACUCUCUUGCUUAUAACAUCGCACAUUACAAUACUCCUUUUAGCAAUAAUUAUGGUGGUAACAGUAAUAAUAAACCAAUUUCUACGCUGAUUAAUUCUGAUAAUAUCAUUAAUAUAAAAGAUUUUAGAGAUGAUGAGAAUGAAGCCACACAAAGUCCUGAUAUAAAACUAAACAUGACUGUUCAAAGACAUGAUAGUACGAAUGUUGUUACAAGUGUUACCGAUGAAAGUUUCGAAAUAUUAAGUGGUUCAACAAAAGUGUCAUCCUCAAUUAAAAAUGAUCUGUUAAAUAUAAAUAACCCACAAAACAAUACUAAUAAUACUGAUCAAAUCACUCCAAUUUUAAAUACACCUAUAAGCAUUGAUAGCAAUAGUAAUUUCUAUGAUAAACUAAGUAAUGGUAAUAAUAGAAAUAAAAGCUCCUUGCUUACUACUAGUAGCGGAGAAAGUAGUAACAUCUCUAAAAAAAUUAGUGAAAAAAUCUCAAACAGAAUCACUUAUUGGAAUAAUAUUUUUUUAGAAAAUAUUAAUUCAAAUACUAAUAAUGAUAACGAUAAUAAUAAUGAUGAUGAUAAUGAUAAUAAUAUUAACAACGACAACAAAGGAAACCUCUUUACUGGGAAAACCAAAAAAAAUAUUGUUGAAAUGAACAGUACUGAUGAUAUUUUAAUACAGAGCAAAGAUGCUAAUAAUAGUGAUGAUGACAAUAAAUUUAAAAUAACAAAAACAUGCUCUUCUAAUAGUUUAAAUGCUAAAAAUACUAACAGUUCAAAACUAGAUAAUAAUAAUUAUAAUAAAACCAAAAACAACAAUUUGAAUUUACCCUUGAUAUUUACUGAGAAAGAUAAAGAGACUAUUGAUGGCAGCAAAUGCUUUUCAAAUACUAAAGAACAGGGAACUUUAUUGAAGAGCAAUACGGACAUUUUAAAUACCGAUAUAAAUCUAGCGAAUACUGACUUGGUUUUUAUUGCUAACUCUGACUGUUCAAGCCCAACUGACAAAAAUGACAAAGAAGAUCAAAAUGCUAUUGCUACUAGUAAAAAUAACAAUAAUACCAACCAUAACAAUUAUGAUCCAAUCUUUGACACAUAUUUAACUUACUUGAAGGCCACUGAUGAUUUGUCAAAUACUGCUUCGACAGAAAAUUUUACGGAUGAAAAGGACAGUGUUCAUUAUUUUGGAGAUAAUUCUCAAGUAUCCAAUUUAUUAUCUCAAGAUAGUGACAACUCAAAAACUGCAAGAAAUUAUGUUCCCAUUAUUAAUGAAUAUAAUACACUUGAUGGUCAUACUGUCAUGACUGUAGCUAACAACCAACUGGACCAAUCGUGGAGCAAUAGAAAAAUGGUGUCAGUAACCCCAAAUUUUACACCUGAAUUGCUAGAUCAUAAUUCAUUGAAUUAUAAAUGGCGUAGCAAAUUGAGUAAAUGCAGGAAUAAAUUAGAUAUUAACAUGAGAAAAUUAACUUUAAAAUACGCACUGGCAAAAGCAUUAAACCAAAAAAAUGAUUCAAAUAUAAGAAAUAUUGGGUCAAAAAAAAAAUCAAACACUUUACCAAAUUUUUUUAGAUCUUCUGAACGCUGUGAAGCUGACACAUAUAGAGACAACUAUAUUACCAAUUAUACCAUAGAAGAUGACAAAUUUCAAUAUAGUAAAACAAAAAGGUGUAAGACUAAAUUGAAAAGAGUGGUUUCGUUUUCAGGAGCGUUGAAAAUUAUGAAAAGUAAAAACACAAUUAAUAUACAUACAAACAAGCAAAAAAAUAAUAAUAUGCAUUGCUUUAAUAAAAACACGAAAAAUCUGGAUAAAUAUGCCAAUUUUAACUUGGAACCUACAGAGCUUUUAGAAUAUAAUUCUGCUUGUCCCUUAAGAGAAAAUAAAGAACAGGAUAAAGUAUUUUCAACUUUCGUCCGUAUUAGAAACCACGAAGAAAAAGAAGAGUCAACAAUAAAUAAUUGUGGUCGAAUAGUCAGCUAUUAUUAA